CCGGCCGGAACUCGUCGCCGAAUACGUGACCACAGUUGCUGCCGCACUAUAUCCUGCUUGAGCAGUGUGGUGUAUAUAAGGAGCCUGCGAAGGCACGUAGAAACAUUGACUAUUGAGCAGCAGCCGUCGCAGCUACAGCAACCAUGAACGCACUGAGCAUCGCCGUCGUCCUCUGCGCCGUCAUCGCCACCGCCAUGGCUGGUAAUGUUGGCCUUGCCUCCGGUCUAGGCUCUGGUCUCGGCUCCGGUCUCGGCUCCAGUCUCGCCUACGGAGGCUAUGGUCUCGGCUAUGGGCUCGGCGGUGGUUACGGCGUCGGCGGCGUCGGCAUCGGCAGCAGCGUCGCUCUCGUUAACGGUGGCCCUGCCUUUGCCAAGGCCGUGGCUGGACCAGCCUUCCUCGUGAGGACGGUGCACCACGUCAACAAGCUGCAUGGCGGAGGCGCCGUGGUCGCUCACUCUGGCCUCGGAAGCGGAUACGGAGUCGGCUACGGUGGCUACGGAGGAUACGGUGGAUACGGCUAUGGCGGCUAUGGCUACAAGGGCUAA